AUGCUUCGACCUUCCCUGCGCAAAACUGGUGUCUGCCUCACCAGAGGCAGUCGCCUAGCUUCAAGACCAAGAUCCUUUCCUGCGAGCCAUGUUCCCCAGCAAACGAGAACAUAUGCUGUUGCUGCAGAGGAAACCAGCCAAGGGGUCGACUCAGCGGAUUCCUUUCUUCAGGGAAAUACUGCAAACUAUAUCGAUGAGAUGUAUAUGCAGUGGAAGAAAGACCCGACGAGUGUCCACCUCUCAUGGCAAGUUUACUUUCGCAACAUGGAAGCUGGUGAUAUGCCCACAUCUCAAGCCUUUCAACCACCACCAACCAUCAUUCCAAGUCCUGAAGGUGGAGCUCCCUCGUUUAUGCCAGGUGCAGCAGUUGCCACAGGCGCAGGCGAAGAUGUGAACGACCACUUGAAAGUGCAGCUUCUUGUCCGAGCGUAUCAAGCUCGUGGGCAUCACAAAGCGAAGACUGAUCCACUAGGUAUUCGCGGUGAAGCGGAAGCUUUUGGUUAUCAUAAACCGAAGGAGCUGGAAUUGAAUCAUUAUCAGUUCACGGAGAAAGAUCUGGAUAAAGAAUUCGCUUUGGGCCCAGGCAUACUUCCUCGCUUCAAAACUGCGGGACGGGAAAGGAUGACUUUGCGCGAGAUCGUUGCUGCGUGUGAAAGGCUUUAUUGCGGCUCCUAUGGUUGUGAAUUCAUACAUAUUCCGGACAAAGAUCAGUGCGACUGGAUAAGAGACCGCACCCAGAUACCUUCUCCCUACAAAUACUCUGUGGAUGAUAAGCGAAGGAUCUUGGAUCGUCUGAUUUGGAGUUCCAGCUUCGAAUCUUUCUUAGCCACUAAGUACCCCAAUGACAAGCGGUUUGGCCUUGAGGGAGGCGAGACCUUGGUUCCGGGAAUGAAGGCAUUGAUUGAUCGUAGCGUUGAUUACGGCGUCAAAGAUAUUGUCAUUGGGAUGCCGCAUCGAGGUCGGCUGAAUGUACUAAGUAAUGUCGUGCGGAAACCCAACGAGUCAAUCUUCAGCGAGUUUGGCGGCUCUGCCGAGCCAUCAGACGAAGGCUCUGGAGAUGUCAAAUAUCACCUUGGCAUGAAUUUUGAACGUCCAACGCCUUCCGGCAAGCGUGUUCAGCUCUCAUUAGUGGCAAAUCCGUCCCAUUUGGAAGCCGAAGACCCCGUGGUCUUAGGUAAGACGAGAGCAAUACAGCACUAUAACAAUGACGAGAAGAAUUAUUCGACAGCGAUGGGCGUACUUUUACACGGUGACGCCGCGUUUGCAGCACAAGGUGUGGUGUAUGAGACAAUGGGCUUUCAUUCUCUCCCAAAUUACCAGACUGGCGGCACAAUCCAUCUUAUUGUGAACAAUCAGAUCGGUUUUACUACAGAUCCUCGAUUCGCCAGAUCAACGCCAUAUUGCUCAGAUAUAGCCAAAGCGAUCGAUGCCCCAGUCUUCCAUGUCAAUGGCGACGACGUUGAAGCCGUCAAUUUCGUUUGUCAAAUAGCCGCUGAUUGGCGCGCCGAAUUCAAAAAGGAUGUUGUUGUGGAUAUUGUCUGCUACAGAAAGCAAGGACACAAUGAGACUGACCAACCCUCCUUCACACAGCCUCUGAUGUAUAAGCGCAUUGAAGAGCAGAAAUCAGCGCUUGCGAAAUACGAGGAGAAACUUCUAAAAGAGGGCUCAUUUACCAAAGAAGAUAUCGAAGAGCAUAAGCAAUGGGUCUGGGGCAUGUUAUCAAGCAGUUUUGAUGCGAGCAAAAACUAUCAGCCAACUUCAAAAGAGUGGCUAACGUCUGCUUGGAAUGGGUUCAAGUCGCCAAAAGAAUUAGCGACUGAGAUCCUUCCACAUCCUCCUACUGGUGUACCUGCAGAAAAGCUCCGCCAUGUUGCAGACGUGAUUGGUGGCGCACCUUCAGCCUUUCAUGUUCACAAAAAUCUCAAACGUAUUCUGGCUGGCAGAAAGAAGACAGUCGACGAGGGUAAGAACAUCGAUUGGUCUACGGCUGAGGCUCUUGCAUUUGGCACUCUUUGCGAUGAGGGUCACCAUGUCCGUGUUUCUGGACAAGAUGUUGAACGUGGAACGUUUUCUCAACGUCACGCUGUAUUGCACGACCAAGAGACCGAGGAUACUUACACCCCAAUACAGCACGUCAGUGACAAGCAAGGCUCCUUUAAGAUCGCAAAUUCUUCUCUGAGUGAGUUUGGCACACUCGGCUUUGAAUACGGAUACUCUUUAUCAUCACCCAAUGCCCUGGUCGUAUGGGAGGCCCAGUUUGGUGAUUUUGCCAACAACGCUCAGUGCAUAGUCGACCAAUUUAUCGCAUCUGGAGAAGUCAAAUGGUUCCAACGAUCUGGUCUGGUAAUGAGCUUACCACACGGCUAUGAUGGGCAAGGACCCGAACAUUCCUCUGGUCGUAUGGAGAGAUACCUCCAACUUUGCAACGAAGACCCUAGGAUCUUUCCCGCAGAAGAUAAGCUCGAUCGCCAACAUCAGGACUGUAAUAUGCAAAUUGCAUACAUGACCACGCCUGCCAACCUUUUCCACAUUCUACGACGGCAGAUGAACAGGCAAUUUCGAAAGCCCCUGAUAAUGUUCUUUUCUAAGUCCCUUCUCCGCCAUCCCCUUGCCCGUUCGCCCAUCGAAGACUUCACAGGUGAUUCGCACUUUCAGUGGAUCAUACCCGACCCCGCCCACGCAACCGGCGACAUCAAGUCCCACGAUGAGAUCGACCGCGUGAUCCUUUGCACCGGCCAAGUCUACGCCACUCUCCAUAAACACCGCGCCUCCAACCCCGACCUAAACAAUACAGCCAUUACGCGCAUCGAGCAGCUUAACCCCUUCCCAUGGGCGCAGUUGCGUGAGAAUCUUGACCAGUAUCCCAACGCCAAGACGAUCGUCUGGGCGCAGGAAGAACCGCUAAACGCAGGAGCUUGGAGCUUCACGCAACCGAGGAUCGAGACGCUGUUGAAUCAGACACAGCAUCAUAAUCGGAGACAUUGUAUGUAUGCUGGAAGAGGGCCGAGUGCGUCUGUGGCGACGGGACUGAAAGCGACACACAUGAAGGAGGAGCAAGACAUGCUCGAGAUGGCGUGGUCGGUGUAUCAAGAUAAGUUGAAGGGAGAGUAA